UUUACUGGAGUAAAUAUAAAAAAGUUGUACACUUGGUAAUGUAUGUAACAUUAAAAAAAUUGUCCAGGCUUAAGGUUAAUGGGAAAUCACAAUUGAAUAACUCUUCAGAAUAUGAAGAAAAAUACAUAAUAUUUUUAUUUAAGUAUUCCUUCAACUGUCUUGCCAGUCUAGACAAGUUCUUGAUGAGGCUAGAAAUUAUUUCACUCGAAGAUCUGUGAUUGAAGAUGAUUUUUGUAAAGGAGCCAAAGAAAAUAAUAAGUUUACUUAUUAUAGUUUAUGCAUGGUCACAUCUAUAGAUAUAAUAAAAUCGGUGUUUAUAUGCAAUAUUGAAAGUAAAAUUCCAGAUUUCGCAAUGUUGUAUUUGCGUUGCUAACGAAUAAUAAUGAUGGUGUCUGCUUACCCCACUGGGUUACAGGUAUGGUUAUGUUGGUUACUGAACCUAUAAUCAAGAUAUCGCAAUUAUUAACCGUUGUCAUAGCAACGGACUCAUCUGUCUUAUAAACGUCAUAUAUUCCUUGUGAUAUUUUGAUUGCAAAUAUCAAAUAAUUAUAUAAUAUUUACAAUAUUGUGGACUAACCAUGGCAGAGAGGAUCACAACGACGGCAGAAGACACGCUAGUGCGUUACGAUAAUCCGGUGCUGGUUUCUAAAAAACCUGAAGCAAUCCCUUCUCCUCGUGGAGACGCAAUAGAGCCAUGUGUGCCUACCGAAGCUAAGCGUGAGACGGAAGAAAUACUAAACGCUAUCCUACCGCCUAAGGAAUGGGAAGAAGAUGGCCAGAUAUGGACGCAAAAAAUAUCAUCAACGCCAGCGACGCGACUGGACGUGAUCAACCUUCAGGAGUUACUGGACACGCGGCUGCAGCAGCGACAAGCACGUGAAACCGGCAUCUGCCCUGUGCGCAGGCAACUCUACACUCAGUGCUUCGACGAACUCAUACGACAGGUAACAAUAAACUGUGGCGAGAGAGGUCUUCUGUUGUUACGCGUGCGAGACGAGGCGCGCAUCACUAUGGAGGCAUACCAGACUCUCUAUUGCAGCUCCAUCGCAUUCGGCAUGAGGAAAGCCUUGCAGUCGGAACAAGGAAAAUCCGACCUUUUGGACCAAGUAGCAAAGUUGGAAUCGGAACGUUCGAGUUUGGAGAAGCUGUGCGCUGAGCUCAAACAGAAGACUGAGCAGCUGGAGCGCCGCGCCGCAGAACUGAGGGCUGCAGAAGAGAAGAGACAUCAAGAAGAAUUACUAGCUUUGAAGAAGACAAAUGCUCAACUGAAGGCUCAACUGGAGGGAAUUAUUGCUCCAAAGAAAUAAAGGCGAUGGCUGUAUGGAUAUAUUUUCUUGUAAGAUAUGGGUGCAAUUUUAUUCAGACAUUGUUUGUCUUAUACUGUUGCUUAAUUCUUAGUUUAUUAAAGUUUUAACGAUAA